GAAACCCUGUUGGUGCGGUGUUUGAAAUCGACUUAGGAGCCAAAGCCACAAGCGCCAAAUGCCGUUUUUUUCUCUCGUUGCUCCCGGACCGAAUGGUAUAGAACCGCGUGGUGUAGACCUAGGUGUCGCGGGGACGCGAAAACUCCCCGGAGCCGCAGUCGCCGCGGGGCGGCCUGGGAAAGUCAGCAGCGCAGUGGCGGGAACCGCAGCCCGGCGGCCCUGGAACCUCCCAGCCAGUGGUGUGACUGUGGACUUCUCCCAGGAGGAGGGACAAUGCCUGGACCCUGCCCUGACUUUGUACAGAGACUGGAUAUUGCAGAAUUACAGCAGUCUGGUUUCUGUGGGGCAACAAGCCAUCUAUUCUUUGUUCCUGAAAGAAAAACUCAAAGACGAGAAACAGAAAGAAAUGGCUGAUUCUCCAGUUAAUCUGUCCCAGGGUCUGUUUACAUUCUGGGAUGUAGCUGUGGACUUCACCCAAGAAGAGUGGGAAUGUCUGAACUCUGCUCAGAGGACUUUGUACAUUGAUGUGAUGUUGGAGAAUUACAGCAACCUGGUCUCUCUGGAGAACUAUUGCAAAUGUGAUCCUGUCCAUCAGCAUGUGAAUAAUGAAAAGGAGUCUCGUCAGUCUAAUGAUCUUGGCAACAUGCUUCAUGACCCCUCCACAUGUGCACUUUAUAAAACACAUGGAACUAGAGAAAACUCGAAUAGCUACAGAUGCAGUGAUCACAGGGAUGACUCUGUUGACUCAUCAAACCCUGAUAGACAUGAAAGCUUGCACACUGGAAAAGAACCUUUUAAAUCUAAAGACUGCAAGAAAUCUUUAAAUUUGGGUUCUAUCAUUACUCAAGAUCACAUACUCUACACUGCAAAGAAAGAACACAGACAGGGAGAAUAUGAUGACUCUUUCUCUUCUGCAUACAGUGUUUUGCAACAAACAAUCUACAUUGGAGGGACACCACACCAAUGUUUGAAACGCGGGAAAUGUGUCAGUACCACCUCAAGCCUCAUCAUACAUCCGAGAAUUCAUACUGGAAAGAAACCCUACAAGUGCGACAUUUGUGACAAAUCCUAUAAGCAGAGUGCAAGUCUUAAAACACAUCAAAGACUUCAUACUGGGGAGAAACCUUACAGAUGCAAAGAUUGUGGAAAGUCAUUUCGCCUGUUGGUAGUACUUAAAAACCAUCAGAAUAUGCAUACUGGAGAGAAGCCUUACACAUGUAAGGAAUGUGACAAAUCCUUUCCUGUGAAGUCAACUCUUACAAAGCAUCAGAGAAUUCAUACUGGAAAGAAACCCUACAAGUGCAAUGUUUGUGACAAAUCCUUUAGUCAAUGUUCACAUCUUAAAAUACAUCAAAGACUCCAUACUGGGGAAAAACCUUACAAAUGCAAAAAUUGUGAAAAGGAAUUUCAUGACUUAUCAGCACUUAAAAGCCAUCAGAAAAUGUAUACUGGAGAAAAGCCUCACAAAUGUAAGGAAUGUGACAAAUCCUUUGCUCUAAAGUCAACUCUUACAAAGCAUCAGAGAAUUCAUACUGGAGAGAAACCCUACAAAUGCAACGUUUGUGACAAAUCCUUUACCCAGUGCUCAAGUCUGAAAACUCAUCAAAGACUCCAUACUGGAGAGAAACCUUACAAAUGCAGAGAAUGUGGAAAGUCAUUUCCUCAGUCCUCAGCACUUAAAAGCCAUCAAAAAAUGCAUUCAAACAAAAGGCAUGCUGGAGAGUAGCUUUACCAAUGCAAUGAGUGUAACAGGUCCUGUAACCACUAUUCAUUAUUAGGAAGGCAGUAGAAAAUUCAUUUUCUAGAGAAAUUAUACAAAGGCAAAGAAUGUUGUAAGUCCUUUUUCAGCUAUCAAAUCUUAAAAUGCAUUACAGAAUGCACAUAGGUGAGAAACCGUAGAACGGUGAAAUAUGUGACAAAUGCUUUACUAUGACAGCUACUCUAGAACACAUCAGAAAAUUCAUACUGGAGAGAAAUCUUACUGAUGUAAAGAAUGUGACAAAUCUUUUUCUACGUGUUCAAAUCUUCAAACACAUUAGAAAAUUCAUACUGGAGAGAAACUUUACAAAUGGCAGAGACUGACAAAUCCUUCAUCCAGCAUUCAAAUCUUACAAUAUAUUAUAGAGUUCAUAAUGGAGAUAGACUUGCAUAUGUAGAGAAUGUGAAUUUUUUACUAAAUGCUCAACUCUUCAAGCACAUCAGAAAAAUACUGGAGAGAAAAAUGCCAUUGUGAAUAUUGUGAUGUAGCAUUUACCUGGUACUCUCUGCUUAUAAGUCACAACAGUAUACACAAUAGAAACAUAAAAAUAUGAAAUUUUUGAAAACUUUGAAUGAGGUUUAUAUAUUAGAAAAAUAUCAAAGAAUUUAUAUUAUAAUAAAAUUCUGCAAAUCAAACUGAAAAGCUUUUUUUAAAAAAAAUGCAGGAAUUUUGAUUGCAUGCAUGUAUGCAUUCUGCCUGUAGAGGCCAAUGGUAUCAGACCCCCAAAUCUGGAGCUAUAGGCAGUUGUAAGCUGCUACCUGCAUGUGUGCAGGAAAUAGAACCCUGAUUCUCUGAAAGAGGAGCCAGAGCUCUCAGCCACUAAGCCAUUUCUCAAGCCCCUGAGAAAAGCUAUAAUAAAACAUCUUGUUCAGCCUCUACAAAUUCAAAAUGAUUCCUGUCAUGUGCUCACCUUUAAUCCCAAUACUUCAGACACAGAGGCAGGGUAUUUGUGUGAGUUCAAGGCUAGCCUGGUCUUCAUAAUAGAUCAGAACAGGCAGAACUGUAUAAACUCUGUAUCCGAAAACAAUAAUGACAAAAAUGCAUCAAAAAAUUGUGAAAAAACCUUUUUUCCUCUAAUUUUGCUGUAUAUUACUAAAUUUAUACUUCUGACAAACCUUAUAAAGGUACACCAUAUAUA